AUGCGCUUACCGGCGUGGGUGUGUGCAGCUCGGGCAGCGGCCCGCGGGGCUCCAUCAGCGGCCGCGGGGCUCCCUCAGCGGCCGCGGGGCUCCCUCAGCGGCCCGCGGGGCUCCGUCAGCGGCGGCCGCAGGGCUCCCUCAGCGGCCCGCGGAGCUCCCUCAGCGGCCCGCGGAGCUCCCUCAGCGGCGGCCGCGGGGCUCCCUCAGCGGCCCGCGGGGCUCCGUCAGCGGCCGCGGGGCUCCGUCAGCGGCCGCGGGGCUCCGUCAGCGGCCGCGGGGCUCCGUCAGCGGCCACGGGGCUCCCUCAGCGGCGGCCGCGGGGCUCCCUCAGCGGCGGCCGCGGGGCUCCGUCAGCGGCCGCGGGGCUCCGUCAGCGGCGGCCGCGGGGCUCCCUCAGCGGCCGCGGGGCUCCGUCAGCGGCCGCGGGGCUCCCUCAGCGGCCGCGGGGCUCCCUCAGCGGCGGCCCGCGGGGCUCCGUCAGCGGCCGCGGGGCUCCCUCAGCGGCGGCCGCGGGGCUCCCUCAGCGGCCGCGGGGCUCCGUCAGCGGCCGCGGGGCUCCCUCAGCGGCGGCCCGCGGGGCUCCGUCAGCGGCCCGCGGGGCUCCGUCAGCGGCGGCCGCGGGGCUCCGUCAGCGGCCCGCGGGGCUCCGUCAGCGGCCCGCGGGGCUCCGUCAGCGGCCCGCGGGGCUCCGUCAGCGGCCGCGGGGCUCCGUCAGCGGCCCGCGGGGCUCCGUCAGCGGCCGCGGGGCUCCGUCAGCGGCGGCCGCGGGGCUCCGUCAGCGGCCGCGGGGCUCCCUCAGCGGCCCGCGGGGCUCCCUCAGCGGCGGCCGCGGGGCUCCGUCAGCGGCCCGCGGGGCUCCGUCAGCGGCCCGCGGGGCUCCGUCAGCGGCGGCCGCGGGGCUCCGUCAGCGGCCCGCGGGGCUCCGUCAGCGGCCGCGGGGCUCCGUCAGCGGCGGCCGCGGGGCUCCCUCAGCGGCCCGCGGGGCUCCGUCAGCGGCCCGCGGGGCUCCCUCAGCGGCCGCGGGGCUCCCUCAGCGGCCCGCGGGCUCCCUCAGCGGCCGCGGGGCUCCCUCAGCGGCCCGCGGGCUCCCUCAGCGGCCGCGGGGCUCCCUCAGCGGCCGCGGGGCUCCGUCAGCGGCCCGCGGGGCUCCGUCAGCGGCCGCGGGGCUCCGUCAGCGGCCGCGGGGCUCCCUCAGCGGCGGCCGCGGGGCUCCGUCAGCGGCCCGCGGGGCUCCGUCAGCGGCCCGCGGGGCUCCGUCAGCGGCGGCCGCGGGGCUCCGUCAGCGGCGGCCGCGGGGCUCCCUCAGCGGCCCGCGGGGCUCCGGGGCUCCGUCAGCGGCCCGCGGGGCUCCCUCAGCGGCCCGCGGGGCUCCCUCAGCGGCCCGCGGAGCUCCGGGGCUCCGUCAGCGGCCCGCGGGGCUCCCUCAGCGGCCCGCGGGGCUCCCUCAGCGGCCCGCGGGGCUCCGUCAGCGGCGGCCGCGGGGCUCCCUCAGCGGCCCGCGGAGCUCCGGGGCUCCGUCAGCGGCCCGCGGGGCUCCCUCAGCGGCCCGCGGGGCUCCCUCAGCGGCCCGCGGGGCUCCGUCAGCGGCCCGCGGGGCUCCCUCAGCGGCCCGCGGAGCUCCGGGGCUCCGUCAGCGGCCCGCGGGGCUCCCUCAGCGGCCCGCGGGGCUCCCUCAGCGGCCCGCGGAGCUCCGGGGCUCCGUCAGCGGCCCGCGGGGGUCCCUCAGCGGCCCGCGGAGCUCCGGGGCUCCGUCAGCGGCCCGCGGGGGUCCCUCAGCGGCCCGCGGAGCUCCGGGCAGCGGUGCCAGCGCAGCCUGGUGGCUGUGAGGCCCGGGUGGGGGCAGGGCGGGCUGGCCGCUGCCCCGUGGCGCUGCUGCCCCGUGACGCCGGCCCCGUGACGCCCCGUCACGCUGCUGCCCCGUGA